GACAUCAAUAGUUACGCGAAUAAUCUACACAACAUCUUUUACCGGAUCACACUCUGAUUGGUUGACACAUUUUGGUCACGAGUUGUAUUCUGAUUGUCGAAAGUGGUGUAACAGGUUGUACCACUUGUCUGAUAAACCAUAGCCCUAUAUAAAACCACAUUUAUUUCUAGCGACACUGUCUACACACUUCUUUCGUACGGCACGGCAAGAGGAGACGAAGAGAAAAUAAGCACCGUACACUUAGUGGUUGACAAAAGACGAAGAAUUUUUCUCUCCAUCCAUUGGAAAUGAGUCACAUGAAACUGCUGAUCUGAAAGUUUGCAGGAAAGAAUGCCCACAACUUGGCUGGCAAGAAGAAUUUAUGAUGAGUCAGAAGCAGCCCAAGCCAAUGCUCACCGGUCAACGGCUUAAAACCAGAAAACGGGAUGAAAAAGAGACAUUUGAGCCUACAGCCUUUCGGGACAAGAUUGUGCAAGGUCUUAAUGAACAGGGCAACGACCUCGAGGCCAUCUCCAAAUAUUUAAUCCAGCAGGGCAGUCGCCUUGACUACCGGCGCUAUGCCGAGACCCUGCUCGAUAUCCUGAUUGCUGGGGGCAUGCUAGCACCUGGCGGUUCGGUGAUAGAAGAUGCCGACAAGACAAAGACAUGCCGCUUGGACGUGUGUGUGUUUACCACACCGGACGAUGUGGCCACCAUGCGUACACGGACCCAGAUUUUUGAACGUCUGAUCCGGCAAUACAAGUACCUGGAGAAGAGUCUUGAUGAUGAGAUGAAGAAGGUCCUAACCUUCCUGCAGGGUUUUAGCGACGAGGAGCGUGCCCGUCUGGCGACCUUCACGUUCUUGGUGAUCUCAACCGGCCUGGUCACUUCCAACAUUCUCACCAGUCUGUUCCACGAGAACCUGGUUGAAGAAGGGAUCGGUCUUGACUUUGCGACCGCUGUGUUCAAGAUGUGGCUGUCGGAGAAGGAUUUCAAUUCUCUGAUCUCCAUCCUGAAGAAGGCCGACAUUGACCAGCGACUCCCGGAGCUGUUCCCAGCCAACAAACGUUCUCCGGAGCACCCGGAGUCCCAUUUCCGUGCAGCUGGUCUCGGGCCAGUCGCCGAUUACCUGAAGGGACAACAGAAUCGGGCAAAGAACAAGGAGCUGAAGAAGAAACUGGCCGACAUGAUUUCCAACGAGAAUGACGUCAAGGAGAUUAUUAUCUACGUGAAGGACUACAUGAAGAAGAAUGAGCUAGCAGAGCACGAGGUGGUCGUUCUGGUGUGGUUUUCUGUCAUGAAGUCUGUGGAGUGGAACAAGGAGGAGGAUUUGGUGGCAGAGCAGGCCAUCCGGCAUCUGACGGCCUACGCCCCCCUUCUGGCAGCCUUGACCACCCAGGGACGCUCAGAGCUGGACCUUCUGGUCAAGAUACAGAACUACUGCUACGACAACAUGCAGUUCAUGAAGGUGUUCCACAAAAUACUGGUCCUGUUAUACGAAGCGGAUGUUUUCAGCAAGGACGUCAUACUGAAGUGGCACAAGGACGGCCACUCACCUAAAGGCAAGUCCGUGUUCCUGGAGCAGACCAAGGAGUUUGUGGAGCAGCUCCAGAGCCCCAAAGAAUAAUCGAAGGAAGAAGAUGAGGACUAGAGCCCACCUAGUGUAAUCCCAGAACACCUGUGUACCCUGGGCCCACCUGUUUUACCAGGGCACACCUGUCUGUCCAGCUGUCCUGGUGCUCCAUGUGCAGUAGUGUGGGUGUAAGAGGGGGGGAUUUUAAAUUAAAGACUCAGUGGGUUUCAGGGGUGUGUGUAAUAAUUAAUUUCAAUUUGUUCACUUGUCCAUUGUCUUAAUGUACGGUCUCCCCAGUAUUUGUGAAGACGUGGAAGACAUAUAAUAAAGAUAUGCACACUGCCUUA